AUGGCGAUGCGUAACGCGUCGUGCUAUAUAGUGCGAUCUAGGCAGACCGACUUGCAACCGCUCGAUGGAUCUUCUUGGGGGGCUGACAGAUCGGUCGGCUUUUCGUAUGACUGUGUUAUGCCCAACAACAAUGAACUAAUUCUAGGAACCCCAAACUUACAAAUCCUUGCUGGCCUUGUCGAAGCGGCUCAGCAUGAUCAAGCACUGGCUUCUUUUGUCACUUGUUGCCUUCCAGCCAGGGCUUCAGAAGAGGUUCCUCUAUCCUGGUUGUCCUCCUUAGCAAUGAUGCCCAAGAAGACCAAUGCACUGCUGCUGGCUGCUUCGACGCUUAGCUACGGUUGGGUUGGUCACGUUGAGAAUCGACCAGAUGUCGUUGAUGAUAGUCUCAGACUUUAUAAUAGAACUCUGGAAGAUUUGCAGGAAAUUCUUCGAGAAAAUGACCCGACUUUGGAGCCAGAAAUUCUCCCAACUAUGCAACUACUGGUAUUAUAUGAGCUCUUUGAAUUCGGAACCGAAUCUGGUGCUGGCUGGCUAGCUCAUUCCUCAGGGAUAGAGACUGCUCUUCGACUCAGAGGUCCAAAAAUGCACGUCGAAGGCUUGGACCUUCAGAUGUUUCAAUUCUAUCGAACUAUUGGAGUAUGGGCCUUGUCCAACGCAGGAAAAUAUAUUAGAAGCCUCACUAAGCCUAUGUAUCACCAGAUACUCAAAGGAAUUAUAAGUCGAAAGUCGACAUUCCUGUCUGAGGCUGAAUGGAUCAAAGUUCCCUGGUCCAUGCAGCCAAAGAAUUCGUUUCAUCAAUUCCUCGACCUCGCUUCUGAGGUACCGAGUCUUCUCGAGCAAGCUGAUGCCCUGCCUUGGACAGGUGCCGACGAUAGAUCUACAUCGCUUGAAGAAAGUCGACGUCUCUUGCUUCAGUUUGCCAACUUGAUACGUCGACUUAAAGACUGGGAGAAUCGCUCUGGCAUCCAUCUUCCAUUGGGUCCGGAAUAUCUGGCUCCGCAUUGGGGUGCAUCGUCAAUGGUCUCAGAGACGGGUCAACCACCGGUCAGAACACACCGUUACCCAAGCAAAAAUCCUCAAUCUCUGGGAACCGCAUUUGACGCCCUACAAAGCGCUCGUCUAAUGCUGUUCUAUUGGGCUACCACUCUGACGCUCUACACGACUGUCUAUGACAGUCCCCCACUCUUCGAAUACCUUUGCCGCCAAGCAGACACAAGCUUUUACCCUGACUAUGCAGGGAGUAAUAGCCAGAAUUUUGCAGAUGGAGACACGGGAGUCAUGUCUCAAAUGGAAGCUAGCGAUUUAGCAGACAAGAUCAGUGUCUGGGUUGAUUUCUGCUCACAGAACGCAUGGCAGAGCUUCGGUCCAGCAAUCGCGAUUUUCAGCUUGAAAGCUGCGAUACAUUGGUAUCAGUUGAGUCAAAGUAUGGCAUUGUCAUCGUCAUCACUUUUUAACCUGCCUCUGCUGCAUAAAUGCACUGAUCUAUUGGGCCAAUUAACGUUUUGUGAUUCGAAGGGAUGCGAAGACAGAUGGCAUGCCAGUUAG